UCCGGGGGGCUGCGGGAAUAGAGGAGCCCCAGGCGACGGACAGGGGAGUGAGCGCGACGAGUGACCGGAGGCAGCGCAGCGGGGACGGGGAGGCGAAGGGAGGUUGGCGAAGUUGAAUCCGGUCUAUCGAGUGGCUUCGGUGGUUUUGCCUAAGUGGUCUGACCUUCACGGGAGGGACUUUAAGUGACCCUUGGGCAGAAUCAAAGCGUGCACUAUGGCGUCACGCAUUGGCCUGCGGAUGCAGCUCAUGCGAGAGCAAGUACAGCAAGAGGAGCAACGGGAGCGCAUGCAGCAGCAGGCAAUGAUGCAUUUCAUGCAGCAACAGCAGCAAAUGCCAAUAGCUCCAACCCCUGCCAUCAAUACGCCGGUUAAUUUCCAGUCUCCACCCCCUGUGCCCGGGGAAGUCUUAAAGGUUCAGUCCUUCCUGGAGAACCCUACCACUUACCACCUGCAAAGGUCACGAGACAAGAAGGUCCAAGAAUACCUGUCUGAAACGUAUGGGAACAAGUUUGCUCCUUUGCUCAGUGCUCCGUCUCCCAAGCCUCCCCCUUCAGCAUCACCUGGUGUCCGGCCAAGCCAUGUCAUGUCGUCUUCUGCAGGGAACAGCACCCCGAACAGUCCAAUGGCCAUGCUUAACAUUGGCUCUAAUCCAGAGAGGGAGAUGGGUAGUGCCAGUGAAGACAUCAUGCAGUUGGCAACUACUGUAGGCUGUAGUAAUCAAAGCAGUAUGUAUGCACCUAAUACUCUACCACUCUCUAGCAGCCAUAUGAAUGUAUACAGCAGUGACCCUCAGAUGACACCCUCCCUGGUUGGCAUCACCAGCAGUUCCUGCCCUGCUGAUCUCACCCAGAAGAGAGAACUCACAGAUGCUGAGAACCGUGCUCUGGCAAAGGAACGUCAGAAGAAGGACAAUCAUAAUCUGAUUGAAAGAAGACGAAGGUUCAACAUCAAUGAUCGUAUUAAGGAACUGGGAAUGCUGAUCCCUAAAGCUGGAGACCUGGAUGUACGCUGGAACAAAGGGACAAUCCUGAAGGCCUCUGUGGAUUACAUCAGAAGGAUGCAGAAGGAUCUGCAGAGGUCACGAGAUCUCGAGAAUCAUUCUCGACGUUUGGAAAUGGCGAACAAGCACCUCUGGCUCCGCAUACAAGAGCUAGAGAUGCAGGCUAGAGUCCACGGACUGCCUGCCACUUCACCCUCCGGCAUGAAUGUGGCUGAAUUAGCUCAUCAGGUUGUAAAGCAAGAGGUCUCCAGGGAGGAGGGGACAACAACUGAGAUCCAGCAGCAGCCACCACUACAUCCUGAUCAGGAAACUCGGCACCAGCCUUCCUAUGCUCCUCCACAGUCCCCUUACCAUCAGCUGGACUUCACACACAGCCUGAGUUUUGAUGACAACUCCAGAGGAUUCCAUGACCCGCUAGACCCCAGCCAAAACGUCUCCUUCCCCUCUUUGUCCAAGAAGGAACUGGACUUGAUGUUAAUGGAAGACACCAUGCUGCCUGUGGCAUCUGAUCCCUUGUUCUCUGCUGUGUCUCCUGAGGCUUCAAAGGCUAGCAGUCGCAGAAGCAGCUUCAGCAUGGAGGAUACAGAUAUGCUGUGACUGGAAUUGUCCAAAGCAGAAAAGACUAGGAGUCAAAUAUUGUUGUGAAGAUUCAUCUCUCUCCGCCUUGUCCCCACAGACCCCUUCAAGGGUUAGUGGGACUAAACAGAAAUGCAUCCUGAACUGGAGGCGGUUUGUGCCCGGGGGAGGGUGGGUGUUGGCACAAGGAUCAACACCAGUUCUGGGAAUGUUAAUCCCCCCAAGCUUCCUGUGUGUUCCAGCUUGCCAAAAACUGAGUGGUCCUGCCUCACCUGCCAUGGCCACAAGGCAAUCAUGGUCUUGCAAUCCUUUUACAGCCCCUGUGAUUCCUCCAGGUGCAUCUCAGGUGCCUUCAUGCCACGUAUCUUUCAAAACCUCCUUGAGUGUUCUGGCAACAGUGUGAUCUUGGUGUUGAUGAUGGCCAGGCAACAGUUUGUCCUAUUUGAAAAGUGGCUUUAACUGAGCCUUGAUGCUCAUGUAUUCUUGCAGACCAGUGCGUCCCCAAAGGAUCUCUGUGCCCUUUGCUCUCCUUCCCUAUCCACCGCCUCUUUAGCUUCUGUCACCAGGCAGUUGAGAGCAAUGGCUUGCUUCAGAUAUGCUCCUACAUUGGGUUUUUUCCCCUCAAAUAGGGCAGAGAAAUCCAGUACACUCUGCAAGAGGGAGGGUGUGGUGCUAUUGACUAAAAGUGUGUGAUAGGUUGUUUUAUAUCAGUCCUAUGGUAUGAUGGAGCGAUAGUAUUAGAACUCUCACAGAAUCUUUCCAAAGUUAGAUGCCUAAGUGGGAUGUAGCAAUUUUAGUUAAAUUAUUUGCAGACUUCCAAAAUGCGCACUCCAUUAAAGCACAUUUCAGACUCCUGGUCAGAACUUAUGCUUCUGAGGUCUAAGUUUGGAUUUGACCUCUCUUUUGCGUAGUAUUUUUGCCAAAAAUACAAGGUAUCCACAUGUGUAUGUGAGGGAGAAGUGGGCAUUUUGAACGUUAAAAAAACCAACAAUUUGCCCAGCAAAAAUCGCGAAACUGCUUUAAAUAAAAAUUAAAAUGAAGAUUGACAACUGUAAAAACGUUCAAAAUACCUCUGUUUUUGUGUAUGUUUCUCCUUCAGCUAGGAUGGUGGGGUUUGUUCAUAUUGGGUUUCCAUGUAAAUUACUGAGGCCACAGGCCAGCUACCUAACUUGGAAUCUGGUUCCUGCUGGCCCAUGCUCCAUUGCAUUGACCCUUUUGCACUGGAUGUUAGAGCUAUGCUACAUAUUUUUAGAGAUCUGAAGAAUUCCAUCCUUACCCCAAGUUUCCCUCGUUCCUGAAAGAAACUCCUUGAAUCCUCAUAGAUUGUAUUCCCUACCUUUCUCCAAGUAGCUCAGGUCAGUGUAUGUUGUUUUCCCUCCCUAUUGUACCCUCUAAAUAACCCUGUGAUGUCGCUUAGGCUGAAAUACUGAUUUAUCCCAAGCAAAUGAACCAAGGAGCUAUUAAUUGAUCAGUGAGCUUUAUGAUAGUAUGGGGAUUUUUAGCUGGGUUUCCCAGAUCCCUGUUUUGCACCAGUUUAUUUAAAUUUGUUCAGUAAAUCGUUGAAACUUAGCAGUGGCCUGUUGUAAAUUAGCUCAGCUCUAAGGGCAGAUUCAUUUAUCUACUUGCAUCAAAUACCUGUGUUUGGGGAGAAGCGGUGCUCUUUCACUAUACAUCCAUGUGCAUCUGUUUCUAUUCAAAGCACAAAGGAAAAGCUGCCACUUUAUCAUACUUCUUAGUGGUUAUAAACUGGCGUUUGUACGUGUACUUAUAUUUGGUGGUACAGAACACGCAAGUAUAUGAAACUCUUCUGCCCCUGUAUAUCCCACUUGGGACUCAUGCACAAUUCAAAUGAAGAUAGAGACCAUGUACGACACCACCACCACCACCACCCAUUUUCCCUCUUUAAUUCACCACUGCUUGAAAGAAAUAACUUGUAUGAGUUCAGGAAAAAUGUAGUUUGGCUUACUUUCAUAACAUUAUUUGAGUGUUCUGGCACCAAGAGUUUCCAAAAUAUUAGAUCUCUAGAUAGCAGAUAGAUAGAGACAGAUUCUCAGUUGCAUUUUAUAAAUGAGUUUACUAACUAUAAAGGGGGGGGGGGGUUUGCAUGGAGAUAAAAUAAGAAAUC